AUGGAAUCUUCUGGUUGUCCUACUGAUAUAUCGUCUGUGUAUCUAGAGUCUAUGCAUCUUGAUAAUUUGGAUUUACAAGAGCGUAUAGCCAACAGGCUUCGUCCAAGAAAUGCCGAGUUCCAUCUACAACCCUUGGCCUGCACAUUACUGACAAUACCUGCUUUUGCCUUGGAAGGUUACCCUUAUACUGCUGAUGAUGGACAGUUUGAAUACAGUAUGUCACUUGCUUUAUCUACUUGCAACCAACUUACUACUCAAUGCGACCCACUUGGAAUGCGUACUCUAUCCAACACCUCUGGCCCAAGGUCGCAGAUACCACACAAAUCCACUGCACUUGAGCGGCUCAAUAUGCUACACGACCACUUGUCGACUUGA